GGGGCCGGAAGGAGGUGGAAACUCCUGCAUCCUACUGGAGUGCCCGCAGACGCGCAUGGUAAGAGAGCGCGUAGCUGCUAUAGAGGCUUGUUGCUGGAGCGCGUGGCUCGUGCGCGGAAGUCAGAGGUGACCGAAAGCCAGACGUCGCUGUAGAAGCUGACACUGCGAGCUAUGGUGGGGAGAUCCCGGCGGCGCGGAGCGGCCAAGUGGGCAGCUGUGCGAGCUAAGGCAGGUCGCGACCCAGCGGACGAAAAUGAUGACAAUUUGGAAUCUCCUCCCUCACCAGCGGACUCCAGCUACUACCAAGAUAAGGUAGAUGAUUUCCAUGAGGCCCGAUCUCGGGCUGCCUUGGCUAAGGGGUGGAGCGAAGUGGAGAGUGGGGCCGAGGAGGAGGAUGGCGAUGAGGAGGAGGUUCUUGCCCUAGAUAUCGCCGAUGAGGACGAUGAAGAUGAAGAGAGUGCGGGUAAUGAGGAGGAUGACGAUGAUGAUGGUGGGAGCUCCAUGCAGAGUGAGGCUGAGGCCUCGGUGGAUCCCAGUUUGUCGUGGGGUCAGAGGAAAAAACUUUACUACGACACGGACUAUGGUUCCAAGUCCCGAGGCCGGCAGAGUCAACAAGAAGUAGAGGAAGAGGAAAGAGAGGAGGAAGAGGAGGCACAGCUUAUUCAGCGGCGUUUAGCCCAAGCUCUGCAAGAGGACGAUUUUGGAGUUACCUGGGUGGAGGCCUUUGCAAAACCAGUACCUCGGGUAAAUGAGGUUGAGACACGGGUCGUGAAGGAUUUGGCGAAAGUUUCAGUGAGAGAGAAGCUGAAGAUGCUGCGAAAGGAAUCGCCAGAGCUCUUGGAGCUGAUAGAUGACCUGAAAGUUAAGUUGACAGAGGUGAAGGAUGAGCUGGAGCCAUUGCUACAGUUGGUGGAGCAAAAGAUCAUUCCACCUGGAAAAGGAAGCCAAUACCUGAGGACCAAAUACAACCUCUAUUUGAACUACUGCUCCAACAUCAGUUUUUAUCUGAUCCUGAAAGCUAGGAGAGUCCCUGCACAUGGACAUCCUGUCAUAGAAAGGCUUGUUACCUACCGAAAUUUGAUCAACAAGCUGUCAUUUGUGGAUCAGAAGCUGUCCUCUGAGAUUCGUCAUCUGCUCACACUUAAAGAUGAUGCUGGAAAGGCAGAACUGAAUCUAAAAGCAAAAUCCACAAAGGCCAAGCCAAAAUCUGUUUCUGCUGUUGCUGCCUCUGCUGUUACAGACCUUUCUGAUGAUUCUGAUUUUGAUGAAGCUGCACUGAAAUACUAUAAAGAAAUAGAAGACGGACAAAAAUUGAAGAGAAAGAAAGAAGAUAGUACUGAAGAACAGGCUCUUGAUGUUCAAAAUGCAAAGAGAGCCAUUACUUAUCAGAUUGCUAAAAAUAGGGGGCUUACACCUAGGAGAAAGAAGAUUGAUCGAAAUCCCAGAGUGAAACACCGGGAGAAGUUCAGAAGAGCCAAAAUUCGCAGAAGAGGCCAGGUUCGUGAAGUUCGUAGAGAAGAGCAACGUUAUAGUGGUGAACUAUCUGGCAUUCGUGCAGGGGUUAAAAAGAGCAUUAAGCUUAAAUAAAGUUUUUGCUUAGCUUAAGUUUUUUGGCAAUAAUUUUGGAUCAAUAAAUUUUUAUUUUUAACUGGUGA